AUGGCAGAAGUCUGCGCAAUUCUCGGCGGAGUGGGUUCAAUGUUCAGUAUCGUGAACGGUAUCAGUAAAGUCGUCGGUAUCAUCGGCGACCUUCAGACAAAAUGGGGCGAGGCUGAUCUUACUUUGUUGAGUCUGGCAUCCCAGCUCAUCGCUCUACGGGCUGCCUCGACAAGGAUACAAGAGUGGAUAGAUCAAGAUCUCCAAGACACCCAUCACCAACUAGUCAUGGACCUGGACGUGUCGGUCUCCUGUUGCAAGUUAUUGAUGACCGAGAUCGAGAGCUUCUUUUCCGACCUUGCACAACUAACGGAGAAACCACUCGAUCUCCGCGACAAGUUCAAAGUUGUUUUCGGAAGUUACGGGCCGGAAAGUGUGCAAAAGCUCAUCGAGCACCAGACAAGCUCACUGACUCUUUUGUUGACAGCUUGUAACUGCAAAACUCUCGCCGAGCAGCAACGCAUCCUCGGUACAAACAAGACUAGGAAAGUCUUGGAUCGAGCAAAAGCAGACUCGAUAUCUCUCUAUGUUCAUCGUGACUCUGCAUCUCUCACCAGCAAGAUGACCGACAACAUGUCAAAGAUAUCGCGUGUCUUCGAAUUCGACUCAAACAUCUUCUCUACGGGAGUCUACGAGCGUGCAUUCCGGGGGUCAGUCAGAGAUUUGCUAAGACGACGGCAGCAGAACCUCAGAGCUCACCCGACAGCUUCGUCCGCAGUAGAAGCUACAUCAACGCCCGGAAGCUUGCAGAGUAUCUGCUUUCUAGGACCUGACCAGAUUGGCAUGGAUUUGUUGAUCGACACCAUUCAAACCGAUCAACAUCACCUUCACGACGAGUGGGCCUUACACCAGUGGGAGCUACGAAAGCUCUUUUUGAGUCUUGUAAUCACCAUCGUCCGGACUCGUUCAGAUCACUGCGAUGAAGAGGAUGCCGGAGUUGUCAUGCGAUUCAUGCGAACUGAGGAGUACCUAGAGCGAUACUCCGAGUUGCAUUCGGUAUCUCAUAAGGCGCUGGGGGCUUGUACGAGAAUUUGGAAUGAUGCAGUGCAAUUGGCUCAAGACCCGCACAUCCGUAACGCUGCUAGAGAGAGGGUUGAGUUCGGCAAGAUGGUCUUUUGGGUUCAGAUCAUACCUGAUAGAGGGUUGAGCGUUACCAGCGGCAACUAUGCAGCUAGGUCCUUCGUUCACCGCAUAGAAAGUGUUCUGCCCAUCUUCUGA